UUUCAUGUUAAAUAAGCCGCCCAAUGACAAUCUAAUAUAAAGGGUGUCGACUGUCGCCCCGAGCGUGGGAGGUUGGCGGACCUCGGAUCCCCUCUCCCAACUCGACCAGUUCCUCUGCCAUCUGAUCCCGUUACAAAAUGAGCCUCUCCCCAAACAAAACUCGACACCAAGCUGAGAAUGAACAACUAAUGCCUGUAGGGAUUUCAUCGCAUCAAUCCCAUAGGGCUCAAAUGGAUGCUUCUAAGCAAGCCAUGCAGACAUCAUCUGCACAAAUAGAUCCACCGGCGAAUGAGGGCAUAUAUUCAAUGGCAGUGACUCAAACGAAGCCAUCCUUCGUUGCCAGGGUCCUUGACUACUGGGUGUGGGAGAUCACAUCUUGUGUGGGAGCUUUAGUGGCCCUUUUCGCCAUUAUUGGAGUGCUUCUUAAAUACAACGGCAAGAGCAUUCCAGAUUGGCCCUACGGGAUUACAGUCAACUCGGUCCUUUCCUGGAUUGUGCAAGUUUUUAACGCAUGCGUGCUUGGGGCAGUCUCGAAAUGUAUCAGCCAAUUUAAAUGGAUCCACCUCAGCAAGGCCGAUAGACCGCUGAGUGACAUAGACCACUAUGAUUCGGCUAGCAGAGGUCCCCUCGGUUCCAUAACAUUUAUUUGGAGAUCCAAAUUAAGGCAAUUGGCCUGUCUCGGUGCCCUGAUUACGAUUUUAGCGGUCUGUGUAGGCCCGUUUACGCAGCAAAUGGUCCGAGUGGUUAACCACCGCGUUAUCACUGACAUACCGGCUUCUACCGCGCGAGCGCAGUCAUAUCUCGAGUCCGGAUCUUUUACUAUGACCAAGCAGGGAGGAUCCCAGGGGCCCUCGAGCGGCAUGCUGGCAACUAUCUAUGUCUCAAUGUUUACAAAUUCCAACUCAUCAGAAUAUGCGUCCACUGCACCGUACACAAGUGUUCCUCCGGCUUGUCCUACCGGCGAGUGUGAGAUUCCACCUUUUCAGUCAGUAGCAGUAUGUUCCCACUGUGAGGAUGUCUCGCUGUUUCUCUCAUCUCGCUGCAAUGAACAGUGCCCAGAAGAGAUGACGCUAUGCACCCAUUCCCUUCCGACUGGUUUGCAGCUUGUGACCGGAUAUCCCAGUAGUUGGUCAGAUGUGGAAAUAGCCGGAUAUAAUAGUACUAAAUACCUCGUUACCGAUACAGCUCAGGCGAGGGACCCUACUAAAGACAUGCGCAUAAUCGCCAAUACUGAGGACUUUGGAGAAAGUGCUUUUCUAAAUGUUACCUCAAUUGAAAAACCACGGGGAGCAAAUAUAUCUCACGCAAGAGCCCUGCAGUGCUCACUAUAUUGGUGUGUAAAGACAUUCUCUACUAGUAUGCAUAACGGCACAAAAGACGAGAUACUUCUUAACACGUGGAAUGAUCCUAAUGCCCAUUUUUAUCCUACACCACCAUCGGAGAGGCUAGAUAUUCGACCUCCCAGACAAGGUUAUCUUGAUGCUUCAGAUUUUUCAAUUGAUGGUAUCGGCAACCAAGGAUUAGUGGUAUGGUUUCAGGAACAGUUUCACGUUUCCACCUCCUUUAACACAACUCAAACCGACUGCCAGAGUAUUCAGAAUAUGAGUAAUAUUGAACAGGACUUCCUCACGAGUGAUAUAUUUGAAACUCUAUGGUAUACAAAUCUUCCGGACCUCCUUUCAAUCUUAUCAGUGAGGAUGACGAACUAUAUACGCCAGGUUCCAUUAGCGAAACAGUACCCUUUGCUUGCAACCUUCGGACCUAUUGAAGGCGCAGGUCGCGCAAAUGGGACCUCAUAUACUGGGCAGACGCAGAUACGAGUGGUUUGGGCGUGGAUAACGUUCCCUGCUCUCUUGAUUCUUUUAACAGUGGCAUUUUUGGCUAUCACCGCAAUCAAAACCAAAAUGGGGAGACUAGAAGUGUGGAAAUCGUCUACAAUCCCGCUACUUUGCUCCGGACUGGACGAGCAGUCACAGCAAACGAUCCGUGCCCAGGGACACCUGGUUCAAAUGAACAAAAUGACAGAUCAACUCCAUGUUCGAUUGUGGAAGGGAGAUAUGGGUUCCUAUGGCAACAAAUGGCAGCUACAGGCUCAAUAACUGGGUAGUCAACAGAGAGCGUAACCUUCAUCCCUUUUUAUUCUACACGGCAGGGCUGAAUACGCAUAGUUUCCAGGAAGGAUAUAUAAAUAAAUAUAUACACAAAGUUAAAAGAGUCAUAAUUGUUAAAUUUAAGUUAGCAAUCUUACUCAAACAACCUGCAUCUAUAUAGAUCUUGUGAUGCGAAAUUAUAUAUAUAACGAUAUAUGCUUUAGUGCAUGUAAUAUGCAUGAAGACUAUCCAUAUAUAGA